AUGGUCCUUCUUGAGCGUAAAUAUGUCCCAAAAUUGGUACCGGCGGACCACGGGGUGCUCAUGCCUCUGCUUCUUGCUGUUACUAUUGUCAAUUCAGCAACUCUAGGAUAUGACGCAUCAGUCAUGAACGGCCUACUAAUCCUACCGUCUUAUUCUGAAUACUUCCAUCUUAACACUACCACUGAGGGUCUCAACAACGCAGCCAUGUGGAUGGGAGGAAUUCUGGGUGCCUUUCUCAUGCAGCCGGUCCCUGACUAUCUUGGCCGUCGCCGUGCGAUCCUGGUCGCGUCGCUCGUUACUAUUGUUGGCAUCAUAUUACAGGCCUCUUCCCAGAAUAUUGGUAUGUUUGUUGUUGCCCGCAUCAUAGUGGGAAUUGGAUCUGCCAUCAGCAACGGUGCGGCUCCAACUUUACUGGGAGAGCUUCUACCCCCUCGACGUCGUGCUCGAAUCCUUGGACUCUUCUUCUCGUGCUACUACGUUGGAAGUCUGGCAUCAUCUAUUGUGAACUACGGCAGCCAGAACAUCAAUAGCACGUGGUCCUGGAGGCUGCCUUCGCUACUCCAAUUCAUUCCUAGCCUCCUAGCUAUUAUUAUUGUACCCUUCAUCCCGGAGUCCCCUCGCUGGCUGAUCGCACAUGGAAGGAAUGAUGAGGCACUGGAAGUCUUACUUAUCAUGCAAGGCAAGAAUAGUACAGACGUGCAGAAAGGCAAUGAACAGCUUUGCGAAAUCAGAGAUACACUCGUUCGUGAGGCCGAAGAAUAUCCCCGUAACCCGUGGAGAGAGAUCAUCUCGACUAAGGGCAAUCGGCGGAGGCUGCUUAUCCUGUGUACCUUUGGUCCGAUGAUCAACAUGUUUGGAAAUUUCAUCAUCUCAUUCUACCUCACGAAGAUUCUCAGCCAGGCCGGUAUUACUGAUACAACAACCCAGACUCAAGUACAAGUUAUCAUAAACUGCUGGUCAUUUGCUGUCGCCAUCCUCGGUAGUUUCAUGCUGGACAUUCUUGGACGAAGGGGGCAAAUUUUUAUCGGUGUGGGCGGUAUGGUGACUACGCUGCUGUUGAUUGGAGGCCUCAUUAAACGCUAUGGAUCGACCACCAACACAUCCGGCAUAUACGGUACUAUUGCUGCCAUCUUUCUCUUUCAAGGGUUCUACGCAUUCUCGGUCACCCCUAUGACAAGUCUAUACCCAACGGAGGUUUCACCAUUCAAGCUCCGUACAACCGGUAUCGCCAUUUUCCGAAUGCUGGAUUCUGGUUUUGGUCUCCUCGCGUCCUUCGCCAUGUCCUACGCAAUGGCCGACCUCAGCUGGAAGUUCUACUUUAUCAACGCAGCCUGGGACUUUGUCUUCCUGAUCAUCGCAUACUUUACGUUUGUUGAAACAAAGGGACUUGAACUUGAAGAGAUUAAUUCUAGGUUUGAGGGGACGGAGAUUCUCACUGGGGUCAUUGAUGAUAGGUCUUGUGGGGAUACCGACGACGCCAAAGAUGGGGAAGUCGUUGAUAAGGCCAAGGAGGUGUAG